UGUGUGUGUGUGUGUGUGUGUGUUCUCAUUGUUUUGAGUUCAUUGUUUUGGAUUUGGUAGAUGUAUCUCACCUCUCUCUCACGCACACACAUGAAGCUGCUAAAUGUUUCUUUCUAAUCUACUCAAUCUUCUUUAAAUUUUUUUUCGUUUACAUUUCUUCUGAUAAUUACCCCGAUUAUAAGCCUAGGUUGUGCUGCUGCUUUAUUUUUAUCUGGAUUCAUAAUUGCUAUUAUAUUUUUUAUUUUUCUGUGAUUUUGUUUUAAUACUAAUGAUAAAGAAACAUUUCAGGUGUAGAAUUUGGCAAUGUUGGAUGGACAAAAUGUUAUUGUUUGAUUGUAGGUAAACAUUGGAAUAGAAAUUGACCUGUAAAAUAGAUUUUAGAAAUACAUAUCCACAUAAAUCAACCAGCCAAACAGAAAAUUAAGUCCUGAUAGAAAUUGAGGGUUGAGACCAAGAUGGAACACACCGCUUUGUCAUAGUGCAGCCUUCAUUUGAUUGAUCUUUUUUAAAAAACUUUUGUUGGCAUAUUGAGAGUUGAGACCAAGAUGGAACACACAGCUUUGUCAUAAUGCAGCCUUCCUGUGACUGAUCUUUUUUAAAAACUUUUGUUACAUUGGUGAAUAAUAACAUAUAAAAAAACAGCAUGUGAAUUCGGUGAUGUUGCCCAUAACCUUACUACUUAAUAAAGGAGAAACAAUAGAAAGAGAACCAAAUGCCACAUUUCUUGAUAUGGAAAAAUGCAGAACAACAUCCACCUGGUAGCUACGAUACCGAACUUAAUGUAGAACAGCAGUAAUAAGGCUGAUAUAAGGCGAUAUUUAUGUGUUAAAGCUUGGUGGAUAUGGUUGUUAGGAAUGGUUUUCUAGGUAUUUUAAAGACGAGGCAAAAGGAUUUUUAGGUUUAUAAUGCAAGAAACAUAAAGUUUUGGUGAUGUAAACCGUAACUACAAAACACCUUUGGCUGACUGGUGUUUUUUAAGUGCUAAGAGUUAAAUCUUUAUGGGAGUGAACUAUGGUAUGAUUAUGAGAGUAAGUUUUCAUAUUGAACUAUUAUUGAGGUAAUGAGCUUUAGUGAUUUAAAUUUAAAGUGAAAAGUUCUGCUUGCUAUUUGAUCCUUGUUGGCAACAUACAGGGCAUUGAGGGUUUUGGCAAGUAACUGGGCUGGAUCCCUUUCUACCUUCCUAUUUGAGGUGAGAUUGGAGAGGUGAAUUUUGACCUUUGUUACCCUCAAUCUACUUCUCCCUGGUUUGACUUUUUCUUUUUUGAAUUGUUUUGACUUUGAUUGUUCAGUCCCUAAUAAAUAAAUUAUAAAAAAAGUGUAUUUAUGUUUUGAUAUUCCCCCCCUUUUUUUCCAAUUUGCAAUCUUGUUGUAAGAUUCCAAUUUUCCAAGCUUUGUUGAUAAUUUGUAGUUUUUUUCCCCUCUCAGUAUGCUAAAUGUUUUUAUUUAUACUUGGAUAAUUUUUAUAUCUUCUUUUAUGAUGUAUAUAUUUAUUUUUUACCCAAUUUUCUUAUGUAAUUUUUUAUUUCUAGUUCCUGUUUUAUAUUUUUAAUAAUUGAACUCUGGUUACCUUUUUUGGUCACUGUUUAUAAAUUUUUAUUGAUUCUUUUCUGAGUUUCGUAACUGUGCAAUGAUUAUUGAUUAUCUGUACUUGAGAGAAUAUACCAUGAUCAUUCUGACAGCAAUAUAUAAUUUGUUUUUUUUGUUACUAUUUUUAUUGGUCCUGUGAAACACUUGUAAUUAUAAAAGCUCUUUUACACAAUCAUGAUUUGAGUAAUUCUAAUUGGAGGCCUGGGUCGAAGAUGAUGUCUUAAGUGGGUUAGCAAGAAAACAGAAUUAUUUGGCUUGUGCAAGUUUUGGUUCUGUCUACAAGCUCUCCUACAAUGCCGAAAUUUGUAGAAAUACCCAUCCCUCCUAUAUGAUCUCAAGAGCUCUGUCUGCUGAUGCUGCUAAAGUAACCAGUGAAGGUGAACUUGUGGAUGGUGAUAGUUGUCAGGUAGGCACCUUAAGAGAGCUUCAGAGACUCUAUGAUGAGCUUGUUGAUUCAGCUCACACCUGCUGGUUAGAUCGCUAUUCUGCUUCUGAGAAAGGCAGCAGGAGUAGGUGGUUGUUGUCCCAUUUCAUUCUUCAGUUGUCUUGCUCACCUAUGAAAGGACUUUAUCUCUAUGGAGGAGUAAGAACAGGAAAAACUAUGCUGAUGGACUUAUUUUUUGAUCAAUUGCCUAGCAGCUGGAGGAAAAAGAGGAUUCAUUUUCAUGACUUCAUGUUGGAUGUUCACAGUUGCUUGCAAGGGGAUGAAUUACUUGCAUGAGAAUAGACCCGAAGCAAUAAUUCACCGUGAUCUUGAACCUUCAAAGAAAGAAAGAAAGGAACGCCAAUUUAGUUGAAGAAGACAUUAAAUCACAUGACCGGCAGAAAAACAUCUCAGUUGUUCGAGUAAAGGUAUAUAGUUUCUUUAUGUUUCAAAUUGAAAUUGUAUAUUUUGAUUUUGUUACUUGAUUUUAAUUGUAAUUGUAGGAAACAAAUAAAAAUAAUGGAGUUCCAACAAUCCAUGGAUGGGCAACUAGACACUGAAAUUGCAAUAGGAUGUCAUUGUGGUAUGAGCAUACUGGAGGAAGAGCUGAAAAACUGUUCCAAGAGCCUCAUACCUUGUUAUUUUUUUUUUUAUUUUCUUUGAUUUCUUGGUUCUUUGAUUUUUUGGUGAGAGCAGCUUCAAGAGUGGUAUAAGAUUGAAUUUCUAGUGAUUUUCUUUUGCCAAAUCACAGAUUGUACACACCAUUGCUCUUGUAUACAGGUAGUUAAAUUCUCAAACUUUCUUCUUAGUUAAAUUCUUUGGUCGUGUUA